GCUACCUCGUCGCUCGCACGCUCUCGCUCCCUCUCGCCGCCUGUGGGGAAGUCCGGGCCGCCACAGCGGCCGCCGCCACCGCCUCCGUCCCGUCCUCCUCCCUCGCCUCCCCCUCUCGGCCCUCGCGACCCCGGAGUCUCGAGUCGCUCCGGGAAGGGUCCGGAGAGUCACCGCGGCGGCGCCGAGUGCGGGGUAAACCAUGUUGAGGCGGAUUUUGCAGAGGACUCCUGGGAGAGUUGGCUCUCAAGGUUCUGAUUUAGAUUCUUCAGCAACUCCCAUAAAUGCAGUGGAUGUGAAUAAUGAAAGCUCUUCAGAGGGCUUUAUAUGUCCCCAGUGUAUGAAAUCUCUUGGAUCUGCUGAUGAGCUUUUCAAACACUACCAGGCAGUUCAUGAUACUGAUAAUGAUUCAAGUCAUGGAGGGGAGGCUAAUCUGGCUUUGAAGAGAGAUGAUAUAACACUACUCAGACAAGAGGUACAGGACUUACAGGCUUCACUUAAGGAAGAAAAAUGGUACUCAGAAGAAUUAAAGAAAGAAUUAGAAAAAUAUCAAGGACUGCAGCAGCAAGAGCCAAAGCCUGAUGGACUGGUGGCUGAUUCAUCAUCAGAACUGCAGUCUUUGGAACAACAAUUAGAAGAAGCUCAAACAGAAAAUUUUAAUAUUAAACAAAUGAAAGAUUUAUUUGAACAGAAAGCAGCCCAACUUGCUACUGAAAUUGCAGAUUUAAAGUCAAAAUAUGAUGAGGAAAGGAGUCUUCGAGAAGCUGCUGAACAAAAAGUGAUACAUUUGACAGAAGAAUUAAACAAACAGGCCACUGUCAUUCAAGAUCUGAAAACUGAGCUGCUUCAGAGGCCUGGUAUAGAAGAUGUUGCUGUGCUAAAGAAAGAACUGGUCCAAGUUCAAACUCUAAUGGAUAACAUGACAUUGGAGCGUGAGAGAGAAUCUGAAAAACUCAAAGAUGAAUGUAAAAAGUUACAAGAAGAAUAUGCUAACACAGAGGCUACAAUAAGCCAGCUAAAGAGUGAACUUGCCAAAGGCCCUCAAGAAGUUGCUGUAUAUGUACAAGAACUACAAAAACUUAAAAGUUCAAUUAAUGAAUUAACACAAAAAAAUCAGAACUUAACAGAAAAGCUGCUAAAGAAAGAACUGGAUUAUACCCAGUUAGAGGAGAAGCAUAAUGAAGAAUCUAUGAGUAAAAAGAAUUUACAAGUAAUCCUUCAUCAAAAGGACUUAGAUUGUCAGCAGCUUCAGUCAAGGUUAUCUGCAUCUGAAACUUCAUUGCAGAGGAUACAGGCAGAACUAAGUGAGAAAGGAGAGGCUACACAAAAGCUCAAAGAAGAAUUAUCUGAAGUAGAGACCAAGUACCAGCAUCUUAAAGCAGAAUUCAAACAACUACAACAACAAAGAGAAGAAAAGGAACAGCAUGGGUUACAACUCCAAAGUGAAAUUAAUCAAUUACAUAACAAACUUUUGGAGACUGAACGCCAACUAGGGGAAGUCCAUGGUAGACUGAAAGAGCAGAGACAGCUUUCAAGUGAAAAGUUAAUGGAUAAAGAACAACAAGUAGCUGAUUUACAACUCAAACUUUCUCGCUUAGAAGAGCAGUUGAAGGAAAAAGUAACAAACUCCACAGAAUUACAACAUCAAUUAGAGAAAACAAAGCAACAUCAUCAAGAACAACAAGCCCUUCAGCAAAGCACAACAGCAAAACUUCGAGAAGCUCAGAAUGACCUAGAACAAGUACUACGUCAAAUUGGUGAUAAGGAUCAAAAGAUCCAGAACCUUGAAGCCUUAUUACAGAAGAGUAAAGAAAAUAUUUCAUUGCUAGAAAAGGAAAGAGAAGAUCUUUAUGCAAAAAUUCAGGCUGGUGAAGGAGAGACUGCUGUUCUUAAUCAAUUGCAAGAAAAAAACCAUACAUUACAAGAGCAAGUAACUCAACUAACAGAGAAGCUGAAAAAUCAGUCAGAAAGCCAUAAACAAGCCCAGGAGAAUUUACAUGACCAGGUACAAGAACAGAAGGCACACCUUAGAGCUGCACAAGACCGUGUCCUUUCCCUAGAAACCAGUGUCAGUGAAUUAAAUAGUCAAUUAAAUGAAAGCAAGGAGAAGGUUUCCCAGCUUGACAUACAGAUUAAAGCCAAAACUGAAUUAUUGCUGUCAGCAGAAGCAGCAAAAACUGCUCAAAGAGCUGAUCUUCAGAAUCACUUGGACAUAGCUCAAAAUGCAUUACAGGAUAAACAGCAGGAGUUAAAUAAGAUUAUUACACAAUUGGAUCAGAUCACUACAAAGUUACAAGACAAGCAAGAACAUUGCAGUCAGCUAGAAAGUCAUCUUAAGGAAUAUAAAGAAAAACACCUGUCUUUAGAACAAAAAGCAGAAGAUCUAGAAAGCCAAAUUAAGAAAUUAGAAACUGAUACUCUUGAAGUUAAAGCAAGCAAGGAACAAGCUUUACAGGAUCUCCAACAGCAAAGACAGCUGAACACAGAUUUAGAACUUAGAAUCACAGAACUGAGUAAACAACUUGAAAUGGAGAGUGAAAUAGUAUCCAGUACAAAAUUAAAUCUACAGAAAAAAUCUGAAGCCCUUGAAAAUAUUAAACAGAUGCUUACUAAGCAAGAAGAAGAGAAGAUUGUCCUGAAGCAAGAAAUUGAAAAAUUAAGUAAAGAUGCAACGAUGCAGCACAAGGAAUUGAGUAGCAGAAUUCAAACAGCAGUAACAGAAUUGAAACAAGUAAAUACGGAGAAAGAAAAGUUAAUGAGAGAGUUGUCUACAGCAAAAGAAAAAUUGUCAAAAGCUUCAGAGUCAUUGAAAAAUACCCAAAGUGAAUUUGAAAAGGAGAAUCAGAAAGGAAAAGCCACUAUAUUAGAUCUGGAAAAAGCUUGCAAAGAACUAAAGCAUCAACUUCAAGUACAGACAGAAAGCACAGUAAAGGAACAGAAUGAACUGAAACAAUUACUUGAGAAAGAGAGGGAGAUUACUCAUCAGGUGACCUUGGAACUCAGUUCAAUUAAGGAAGAAGUCAUUCAGGCCCAAAAUACUUUAAAACGAAAGGAAAAAGAAGAGCAGCAACUUCUGGAAAACAUAAAAGAGCUAAAACAAUCAACUGAAAAGAAGAAAAAGCAAAUUGAAGCACUCCAAGGAGAAGUUAAAAUAGCUGUUUCACUGAAGACAGAGCUUGAAAAUAAACUCGAGCAGCAGUCAGCAGAGGCAGCCCAGGAACUUGCAGCAGAAAAAGAAAAAGUAGCAGUGUUAAAAACCACAUAUGAAAAAUGUCAGGAAAAUCUAAAACAGCUUCAAUCUGAUUUCUAUGGAAAGGAAUCUGAACUUCUAGCCACAAGGCAAGAUCUUAAGUCUGUAGAAGAGAAGCUUUCUCUAGCACAGGAAGAUUUGAUUUCAAACAGAAAUCAGAUUGGAAACCAAAAUAAAUUGAUUCAAGAACUAAAGACUGCCAAAGCUACUUUGGAGCAAGAUUCAGUAAAGAAAGAACAGCAACUGAAGGAGCAGAGUAAAGCAUUACAAGAUAUUCAGAAAGAAAAGUCCAUGAAAGAGAAGGAGCUAGUGAAUGAAAAAUCUAAAUUGACAGAGAUAGAGGAAAUUAAGUGUAGACAAGAAAAAGAAAUUAUUAAACUAAGUGAAGACCUCAAAUCCUACAAACAGGAAAGCCUAAAGGAGGUAACAAAUCUCAAAGAUGCCAAACAGCUUUUGAUUCAGCAGAAAUUAGAACUUCAAGGAAAAGUCGACUCCUUGAAGGCUACUCUUGAACAGGAGAAAAAAACCCAGCAAAUGCUAAAAGAGCAGGUGAAAAGGGAAGAAGAUGAAUUGAAGAAAGAAUUUGUUGAGAAAGAAGCUAAACUGCAUUCUGAAAUAAAAGAAAAAGAAGUAGGAAUGAAGAAACAUGAAGAAAAUGAGGCUAAACUUACCAUGCAGAUCACAGCAUUAAAUGAGAACUUAGGCACUGUAAAGAAGGAGUGGCAAUCUAGUCAACGGAGAGUUAGUGAGCUUGAGAAACAAACGGAUGAUUUACGGGGUGAAAUAGCAGUCCUAGAAGCAACGGUUCAGAAUAAUCAAGAUGAAAGAAGAGCACUACUGGAAAGGUGUCUUAAAGGAGAAGGUGAAAUUGAAAAGCUUCAGACCAAAGUACUAGAAUUGCAAAGAAAGCUGGACAAUACAACUGCUGCUGUCCAGGAGCUUGGCAGAGAAAACCAGUCCCUCCAGAUCAAACAUACCCAAGCAUUGAACAGAAAGUGGGCUGAGGACAAUGAAGUACAAAACUGCAUGGCCUGUGGGAAAGGCUUCUCGGUCACUGUGAGACGGCAUCACUGCCGGCAGUGUGGAAAUAUCUUCUGUGCUGAGUGUUCAGCCAAAAAUGCCUUAACUCCUUCUUCCAAGAAGCCUGUUCGUGUCUGUGAUGCAUGUUUCAAUGACUUGCAAGGAUAAUGGGAUAUCAGAACUUCAGAGUAUUAUUACACUAACAUUAGAUUUUUAAUAAAUGUGUUUCAAACAGUCUUGGAUUACUCUUUGAUUUGGACUCUGGUUAUAUACUAGACCAAAUUAGAAUUAGUAUAUUUUGGAAUGUUAUCAAUAUCAAGUACAACUCUUCUAUUUUUGUGAGACUUGAGUUUAUCUUUUGUUAUUUUUUCCAUUUAUUCUUUCGGACAGCUUUCAUGCCAAGUUCAGAAUUAACCAAUGAAAUGUAAAUAAACUUUGGACAGAAAAUAGCAAUGUAUUUUUUUAAAUAUAAUUUCAUUGUUCACCAGUGAUUAAUUCAAUCCAUAACUUUCUUCUUUUUCCAUCUAUAAAAAUGUAUGUGGUUGUUGUUAUCACUUGUUGCUGUUUUGUUGCACAAUAGCACAUUAAUUGCAUUAAAUCUUUUCUUUGUAGAGU